GCAGAGUGAACGCAACAUAGGAUGCUGUAAUAUUCGUAUUCUGAUACUCAAUUAGCAAUGGGGAAGGAACAAUUUCGAGAGUCGGACUUGGCGCGGAAGGUCGUUGGUGUGAAAUUUACACCUGGAGACAGCGACUUCAUGCGCCAAGCUGCUCAUAUACGGGUUCUAAAUAAUCGUCUUUACGAGGAUAUUCCUGGAAAAUGGAUCCCGGCUCAGUGUGGUCCUUUAGAUUCGCGGCUGGGCACCGCGACCAAGCAUGGUCAGUGUAAAACCUGUGGUAGACUUCUUGCUGAUUGUGUUGGGCAUUUUGGGUACAUCGAUCUCGAAUUUCCUGUUUUUCAUGUUGGAUUUUUCAAGUUGACUAUACAAGUGUUGCAGUGCAUCUGCAAGAGUUGUUCUGGACUUUUACUGCGGGAUGAACAACGUGCGCAAUAUAUGCGGAUGAUUUCCAAUCCAAAUUUGGAUUAUUUGAGAAGAAAAGCCUUACACAAGAAUAUUGUUGCUGCUUGUAAGAAGAUCAAUCCAUGUCCGAAAUGUGGUCAUCGAAAUGGAUUGGUUAAGAAAGCCGUAGGAACUGUGCUAAAGAUUGCUUACGCUCAUACCGUCACUGAAGAUACUGCGCGCGAGUAUGUUUCUGCUACCGAAGCCAACGCCGAUCUGUCUAAUGCGCUAUUCAAAGCCAAGUUCACUUUGCUCAAUCCGCUAAGAGUACAGAAAUUGUUCAAUAAUAUAUCGCAAGAGGAUAUUCCCAUCAUUAUGGUUCGAUCUGGUGAAAUCAAGCAUCCCAAUGACCUACUUCUUACAAGAAUACCUGUCCCACCAGUGUGCGUUCGCCCAUCUGUGAUAUCUGAAGUAAAAUCGGGUACUACCGAAGAUGACAUUACAAUGAAGUUAUCCGAAAUAAUUCUAAUCAACGAUGUCUUGCAAAGGCAUAAGAAAGAUGGCGCUCCAAUGAAAACCGUCACUGAAACAUGGGAUCACUUACAGAUUCAAGUUGCCCUGUACUUCAACAGUGAAUUGUCUGGUCUUCCUCCUGAGAUGCAGCCUAAGAAGGCCAUGCGCGGAUUUACACAGCGACUGAAGGGAAAACAAGGGCGUUUUCGAGGAAAUCUUUCUGGGAAACGAGUGGAUUUCUCUGGGAGAACGGUUAUCUCGCCAGAUCCAAACUUGCGGAUCGACGAAGUGGGUGUUCCAGUUUACGUCGCUCUUAUUUUGACCUUCCCUGAGGUAGUGAACAAUUACAACAUAGAGCGUAUGAAGAAGCUGAUUUUGAAUGGGUCGGAUAUCCACCCCGGUGCCAAUUACGUGAUUGACCGUAUAACCGGAACCAAACGGCUUUUGAAGUAUGGAAGUCGGGAGACAUGUGCUCAGAGCUUGAAAGUAGGAGAUAUCGUUGAACGCCACUUAGAUACCGGUGACAUUGUGCUGUUUAAUCGGCAGCCUUCGUUACAUAAAAUCUCCAUCAUGUGUCACCGUGCUCGCAUUGUGCCAGGACGAACCUUCAGGUUCAACGAAUGUGCUUGCACCCCAUAUAAUGCUGAUUUUGAUGGUGAUGAAAUGAAUCUGCAUGUGCCACAGACAUAUGAAGCAAAGGCCGAAGCUAGUCUUUUGAUGGGCGUGAAAAGCAAUCUCAUCACUCCCCGAUCCGGUGAGCCGCUAAUCGCCGCGAUUCAGGAUUUCAUCACUGGGGCAUAUCUGUUGACGCACAAAGACACCUUCCUCACAUACAGUGAGGCUUGUCGAUUUGCUGCAGCAGUCAUCGACUGCUAUGCGAAAAAGCAGAAGCGGAUACGCUUGCCACCACCUGCUAUCAUCAAGCCUGCGCGGCUCUGGACCGGAAAACAGCUCAUGCAACUCAUCAUAUCUGAUGAUUUUAAAAAUCCGCGGAAGUUGAAUCUAGUCACUCCCAACAAAAGCUAUACGGGUAACAGGGAGUUCUGUAUAAAGGAUUCCUACGUUAUCAUUCGCAAUGGAGAGCAUCUCGCUGGAGUUCUGGAUAAGUCGCUGUUGGGUUCUGGUUCAAAAAAGAACAUUUUUUACAUCUUACUGCGGGAUUUCGGUGAAGAUGCCGCUGUUGAAGCCAUGUGGCGUAUCGCACGAAUGACUCCAGUGUUUUUGUCAAAUCGCGGGUUUUCGAUCGGAAUAGGCGAUGUGACUCCUAGUCUACAACUGCUAAAGGAGAAGAAACAUCUGCUCGAUGAAGGAUAUCGGAAAUGUCAUGAAUAUAUUGCACAGCUGAAGUCUGGUCAGCUCAAAGCUCAGCCUGGAUGUACGGAUGAAGAAACUCUGGAGGCAUUGAUCUUGCGUGAGUUAUCGUCCAUUCGUGACAAAGCUGGUAAAGCCUGUGUGGACAAUCUAUCCAAACAUAAUGCCCCAUUGAUCAUGGCAGUUUGUGGAUCGAAAGGCUCAUUCAUCAACAUCUCACAAAUGAUCGCUUGUGUGGGUCAGCAGGCUAUCUCUGGGCAUCGACCUCCUGAUGGCUUUGAUAAACGAUCACUUCCACACUUUGAACGACUGGAGAAAACCCCUGAAGCAAAAGGUUUUGUGGAGAACAGUUUCUUUUCUGGUUUGACUCCGACGGAGUUCUUCUUCCACACUAUGGGAGGACGCGAAGGACUUGUUGAUACAGCUGUCAAAACAGCAGAAACUGGCUACAUGCAGCGACGUCUGGUGAAAUGUUUAGAGGAUUUGUGUGCCAGUUAUGAUGGGACUGUGCGGUCAUCGGUUGGUGACAUUGUCGAGUUCACCUUCGGGGAAGAUGGUUUAGAUCCUGCAAUGAUGGAGGCAAAGGACGGGAGUGUUUUGGACUUUAUGCACCAGCUGGAACACAUCCGCAGCACACAACCGUUCAAUGAUGAUGAAGAGCUUGAUAAAGAAGAUAUGCAGUCAUUGGCAAAGACUAUUCUUGACGCGGAACUUGGCACAUCACACGUACUCUUUCGCGAACAGUUACAGCAGUUUGUGGAUCAAAUCAUCGAUAAGACAACAACAGUCUUCAAGACGCCACAGUACUGCAGCAGUCAUCCUAAAGGCAUCCCACCAAAUAGAAAAGGAAUGUGCGCACAGUGUGUCAGCCAGCAAAAGUUUAGAAGUGCACAAGUACAUGCUCAUUGCGUUUCACAUUCCCAGUUCGUGGCGUUUUUGGAAUCUUGUUGUUUGAAGCUGAGAAAAGCUGUUGUAGAGCCAGGAACAGCAGUAGGCGCUAUCGCAGCUACGAGUAUCGGUGAACCUUCCACUCAAAUGACUCUGAAGACUUUCCACUUUGCGGGUGUGGCUUCAAUGAACAUCACACAGGGCGUACCGCGAAUCAAGGAAAUCAUCAAUGCUGUGAAGGCUAUUUCCACACCAAUCAUAACGGCGAAACUCACUAACAUUCGAGACGAAAAGCUAGCACGACAGGUCAAGGCGCGGAUAGACGUGACCACAUUAGGAGAAAUAUGUGACUACAUCGAGGAAGUGAACAUGCCUGAUAACACGUUCUUGCUGUUGAAGCUGAGCACUAGCCGCAUCCGAAUUCUUCAUUUAGAGGUCACUAUGACCACUAUCGUACAAAGCAUUCUACGUACAAAAUCCUUGGUGCCAUUUAAACCUUCACAGAUCACAACUGUAGGAAAGUCUAUGAUGGUCAUUCGACCACCAAGUGACUCCAAAUUUAGCAAAUGCAUCACUGUGCAAAUAAUGAAGCAGGCACUGCAGAAAGUCAUAGUAAAAGGUCUACCAAACGUCAAGCGAUGCGUGAUUCAUGCCGACGAGAAGCGUGGCGACGAGUAUAGCAUCAUCGUUGAGGGCAGCGAUUUCCGAGGUGUUCUAUCAGAGCCUGGUAUCGAUGGUCGCUACACGAAUUUUAACAAUGCCUUGAUUGUUGCUGAGGUUCUUGGGAUUGAAGCUGCCCGCACUUGUAUCAUCAACGAGAUCAUCGCUACUAUGGAAGCUCAUGGUAUCGGUUUGGAUAGGCGACAUGUCAUGUUGCUGGCUGACGUCAUGACAUACCGUGGAGAAGUUUUGGGAAUCACGCGUAACGGUUUGGUAAAAAUGAAGGAAUCAGUUUUGCUUCUGGCCUCUUUCGAAAAAACUAUGGAUCAUCUUUUUGAAGCGGCCUUCUACAGUCAACGUGAUCCGAUACAUGGCGUUUCGGAAUGCAUAAUUCUUGGUAUUCCAAUCUCUAUCGGUACGGGGAUGUUUAAAUUGCAUCAAAAAGUACCAGAAGUUGUCAGCUGCAGUCCAGGAGAACCCAUCUUUAUGAAAAAAGAAUUAGGGCUGAAGAUCUGAAUCGAAGCAAAUGGAUUUUCCUAUGCGUCAAUUUUCGUAUAACCGAUCAGCUUUAGAUUUCGUGACAUGUCUAGUAGAACAUGUUGCUCGUUCUUGUUGAAAUCGUUAUUGUUAAGUUCUCAGAGAUGUGUAUCCGAAUGUUCUUAAUGGAUCGUUAAUGUUGUUGUUACGUUAGCAAAAAGUCAUUGUUGAUUUGCGAUAAAUUGUUUGGAAAC